UCGGGCCGACGCUCAGUGCGGACCGCCACCGGAUCAUCAGUCCGUAUACGUACUGCGCGCCGGUCGCUAUGUGAACGGUACACGCGCGUGUGUGUGACUUGUGUGAUUUUUUUCUCAUGGCAACAUAAUAAUUAUAUUAUUAUUAUAAUAGAUAUAAAAUAAAUAAAUACACGGCGAGUGUCGAGUGCAUUGGACUACCUACAUUAUUUUUUCGACAAUUCGUCGUUAUUGAUGAUAUUAUUAUUCGUAUACAGAACGAACGGACAGAACAAUAAUCGGACGACACGUCGGUUUUUUUUUCGUUAAAUCGUCGAGUGCGCGCCGCAACGGGGUGGAUUAUUAUUUUUCAUUUUUAAACCGGUGUACGAAAAUCGUUCGCAAUUACGGACUUAACGAUUUACCCGCGCAGUGUUCGGGGCGCGUCGGUUGAAUGUGAUUGGAAAGCGCGGGUGAUGGCCACCACAUACCUGCCGGUCGGUGGCGGCGGCCCGGGGCCCGGCGACCUGGACGGCAUGGGAGGCAUGUCGGUCAAUCAGCCGGGCGGCCCUUACCAACAACCGUCGCCGUCGCCGCGCGGCCAAGACCAUCCGGCCGGAGAGUUGAAAUACAUGCCGCCCGGACAACACCACCAUCACCAUCACCACCACCAUCAAGUUCCUACGUCCCCGUCGCCGGUGUCCCUGUCGGCCGCGGCCAGCUGGGUGGACCCGUGGGCCGCGUCCAUGAGCAUGCACCACCACCAACACCAUCCGCACCAUCCGCACCAAGGGCUCGACAUCAAACCUCCGCCGGACAUGCGGGUGGUGACCGGCAGCGGCAGCGGCGGUAACGGCGGUAAUACCCAGACGUGGCACUCCGGUCCUCCGCCGCCCGUCGUGUCCACCGGCCACUACAACAGCAGCGGUUCCGGGUCUCCGCAACUGGGCCACCACGGAGCGUACCACGUGAUGAACGGCAUGCUGGGCCACACGCAUCCCGUGCAGAUGCACCACAGCCCGUCGUACCCGCAAGUCGACCCGCAGUCGCCGGGCGGCGAAGAGGACGCGCCCACGUCCGACGACCUCGAGGCGUUCGCCAAACAGUUCAAGCAGAGGCGGAUCAAGUUGGGCUUUACGCAGGCCGACGUGGGUCUGGCGCUGGGCACGCUCUACGGUAACGUGUUCUCGCAGACGACCAUAUGCCGGUUCGAGGCGCUGCAGCUGUCGUUCAAGAACAUGUGCAAGCUCAAGCCGCUGCUGCAAAAGUGGCUGGAAGAGGCGGACUCGACGACGGGCUCGCCGACCAGCAUCGACAAGAUCGCGGCGCAAGGCCGGAAGCGCAAAAAACGCACUAGCAUCGAGGUGUCGGUCAAGGGCGCGCUGGAGCAACACUUCCACAAGCAGCCCAAACCGUCGGCGCAGGAAAUCACGUCGCUGGCCGACUCGCUGCAGCUGGAGAAAGAAGUGGUCCGCGUGUGGUUCUGCAACCGGCGGCAGAAGGAGAAGCGCAUGACGCCGCCGAACACGCUCGGCGGGCCCCAGGACGGCAUGAUGGACGGCGGCGGCGGCGGCCCCAUGGGCCACGGCCUGCACCAGGGCUACCAUCACCACGACCAGAUGCACGGGUCACCCAUGGGACCGCACUCGCACUCGCACAGCCCGCCGAUGUUGUCGCCCAUCGGCAACCACCAGUCGCUGGCGGCCCAUUAACGUUUCGCCCAGUGGGACGUUGAGUACUCACGGCACCUGGCCAAAAUGCAGCAACAGCAGCAGCACCAGGAAUGCACGUAGUAGUACUUAUUACUGUUUCGAACAACGUCUCGCUGAAGGGCGACUUUUUCACACGGUGAAAAAACCAAAUUCGACUUACAAACGAUUAUUAUUUCAUAAAAAUAAAAACGAUAAAAAAAACCCACGACCGCCGCGGUCACACGACCGUUUUCGUUGGGUUGCACAAAACGCGUACAAAUCAUACGAAUAUUGUUAUACUACAUUAUUAUUAAUAUUAUUAUUAUUAUUAUUAUUAUUAUUAUCGUCACAAAAUUAUAUUACAAAAAAAAAAUAUGAAAAACGGAUCCCGUACCACGCUAAAACAACGGCGGCAACGGAAACACAUCAUAAUUAUAUUAUUAUUAUGAAUAUUGACAAAAAAACCAAUCACACAUAACUGACAUCUCCACUAUAUACAACUACGAGCACAGGGUGUGACAGGGCCAACGUCUGCAGUCGAAACGGGAUAACGACAACAUAGCCAUGCGGAUGCCAAGCGUUUAUGAUUUUCUUUUGCAAAUUUUCCAAAAAAAAAAAAAAACAAUUCCUUUGGAGGACGAGGACACUACAACAUCACCGGAAACCACCUCUCCUAUCGCGCACCGACUGUGAUACGUAUAUAGUUUUUUUUUUUUCAAUUACAUACAUAAAAAUAGUAGAUAGAACUACACAAUAUAUGUUAAAACUCCCUCGGAUAACACAUCUUCGGCGCUAUAACGUCCAGGUAUCAAAUUUUUGUUCAUAUUAUAAUUAUUACAAUUCUAAGUAUAAAAAAAACACCACACUCCCUCCCCCCAAGCACAAACUAGUCAAUCGGUCAACACCAGUACAUCACAUCCCUCGAUCCACCCCCUAUAACGAAAAAUUCGCUCUCACUGUGUACAAAACGAUCUCCUACAAAAAAAUAUAUAAACAUAUUAUACUAUACACACUGUAGAAGUUAGAACAUUCCAUUCUUUUGACCGAAAAGGGUUAUUCGUCGUCCCCUAUACAUAAAUUUCGUAACACGUAUAAUGUACAAUAAUAUUAUUUACACACUUGUACCUUACCUUUACCGCUGGUCCGAAGUCUUCGAAAAAAACCGGUUCACAACAGCUUUUGUUCAUAUACAUUUUAUAUGUUUCUCCCCCCCCCCCUUUAUUUUUUAUUUUAUUUUAUUCGUGAUUUAUGUGACGGAUGAAGAAGAAGAUGAGGAAAAAAAAAAGGUAAUAAUAAAAUUACCCCGAAAAAUAUAAAAUAUAUAUAUAUAAAUAUAUACAAAUACCCGCCGACACAAGACGAUGUUCACUUAUUCACUCUCUCUCUCUCUCGCAGUCUUUCUUCGUGUUAUUUCACCCUUGAAAAUAAUAUUAUAUAAAAUAAUAAUAUUAAUAUCGGUCCACCCGAAUAAAUCACAACCCACCCCCCUGUUAUUUUUAUUCAGAAAACAAUAACGUUAUAACAAAAAAAAAUGUACUCGGAAAACGUCAUACAAUAAUAAUAAUAUAUAUUUUAGACACCUAUAACAUAAUAUAUUAUCUAUAUAAAAUAUAUUAUAAUUUGGGCAAGUCCGAAAAUGUGAGAUCUAUAAAAUAUUAUCAAUAAUAAUAAUAAUAGUAAUAAUAAUAAUAUGUAUAAUAAUGUAUUUACGUUGAAACGAUAAUAUUAUAUAUUGUUUAUUAUUAUUAUUAUUAUUGUUAAAAAGAAAAAAACGGAAAUAUUUUCCGCUAUUUUUUUUUUUUAAUUUUUUUUUUAUGUAUUUUGUAACGAAUUUAUAUAAAAUAUAAGUCACUAGGUGUUGUUUUUCUCAUUAUAUUAAUUAUAAUUUAUUUUAAUUCUUUUUUUUUGUUAUUUUUAAUGAUUUAUUUUUAGUUUUAAUAAUUAUACGACCCUCACCCAGCUCCCACCCAUCCCCCAAUCAGAAUUAGACAAAUAAAAAAACAAACGAUGAUAUAAAUAUUAUUCCUAUGUAUGAUUAGAUACAAAAAAAAAAAAAAUUAUAUGUUAUAUUAUAAUAAUUUUAAUGUA